AAAUCUAUUGGCUGAAAGAUUAACAGUGCACGAUAGGAUCUUGGCAGCAACCUUCUCUCUACUCCUCAACCACAAAAACAUCUUCAGAGAUGGAUAGAGCCUGGGUCUACCUGGUGACAGGAGGAUGUGGUUUUAUUGGGGAGAAGAUUGUAGAGCUCCUGUCUCAACAAGAUUACAUCAAAGAAGUCAGAGUUUUUGAUUCAGUAGCAAGAGAAGAAGUAAAAAAAUUCACCACAGCUACCACUCUUGUGACAGUGACGAAAGGAGAUUUGCGAGACUACAAUCUGCUCCUUGCUGCCAUGCAGGGAGUUGACGUGGUUAUUCACACAGCUGCUAUUGUGGACUACAGGAACACCGUGCCCUUCUGGGAAAUGAGAGCUAUCAAUGUUGGGGGUACUGAAAAUGUGUUAAGGGCCUGCUGUGCCCUGGACAUCCCAUAUGUUGUCCACACAAGCUCCAUUGCUGCGGUGGGACCAAAUACAUUGUGUGAGCCCAUGUUCAGGGGAAAUGAAGACACCAAAUACAGUGGAGAAGUGGAGCUGCCUUAUGGGAAGACCAAGGCCAUGGCCGAAAAACUUGUAUUUGAAGCCAACGGCAAAAAGCUGAGCAAUGGUGGUAAACUCACAACCUGCAUCAUCCGUGCAAACACAGUGUAUGGGGAGAAGGGAAUGUUUCUUCAAGAGUUGUAUUCAUUUGUCAAAGCCAGGAAUGGUGUGAUGAACUACCUAGAACCUGAAAACACAGAGCGCAAUUACACGUAUGUGGGGAAUGUUGCGUGGAUGCAUGUUCUUGCAGCAAGGAACCUGCAGCUGAACCCAGACUUACUUGCGGGACAGGUGUACUAUUCCUACGAUGACACUCCAACCAGAAAAGGUUUUCUGAUCAGGCAUCAGCUGUUGUCCUCUGCAGACCCCUCAGUCCGAUUAGGCUCACACAUCCCUUACUGGAAGAUGUGGUUAAUGAUACAGCUGCACAGGAUAAUCAAGGUCAUCUUGUAUCCUUUCUGGAAGCCAUGGCCUUUCCUAAACUUGCCUUUACUGAACACGAUUGUCACCACCUUCUCCUAUGAGACAGACAAAGCCUCCAGGCAUUUUGGGUACAAACCCCUCUUCACCUGGGAAGAGAGCAAGCACAGAACCGUGCAGUGGUUGAAAGCGGCUGCAGGGGACCUGCAAUCCCCCCACCUUCCCAAAAAGAAGAACUAAGCAGCACUUUUGGGGUUAGGAGGGAGCUUAGCACACCACCAGGUUUCACCUGAACUUCACAACAUGCACAGAUCUUUGGCAGGAAUUUUGCAAAUCCUGGUACAGAGACAGAGAAGGAACAAAAUGUUGGGCUGCAAGCAUUAAAUAUACCCUUGUCAUGCCAAUAACUCAGCUAUUUUAAGAAGAAACUUCCAAUCUCUUGUGUUAACAAUAUAUAGGCUGAUUUAUUUUCUAAUUGUAUGGACAGAUAACUGAUGUCUACAAGCUUAGAGGUGGGAUUCAUAUUGUUUGUAACUCAAAAUCUCUUUUUUCACAGCACUCUGGCAGCAAAACAAAACAAAUUAAAGCCCAUGUUCAGCUGCCGCACUGGCAGACAGUGAUUUCAGGGAAGCCCUUUGCGUUUGUGCUAAAUAACGUCUGAACUUCAGGAGGAAGAGGUCAUUCCAGCUCAUUCCGUGGCACUGGAGCUAUAUAGUCCAUCUAGGAGCAGGAUUCACAGAUUAUAUUUUCCAAACACAGACAGGGCAGGCACUGCCAGCAGAUUCACAACAAAAACUUUAUCAGUUUAUCAGCUCCUUUAAGACAUCGAUCUGGUAAACCUAUAUUCAGCAAAACCAGAGAUUUCAGUUUUCACUUGAGCUCAGAGGAUGUAUUUACAACACUGGUUCACAUCUAAAAUGAAUUCUGUUGGUAUCACACUUCUGUGACUGUGGAACCAUCUCUUGAGUUUUCCUGCAGUUAAAGUGUGCACAUGAACAAAGCUUAUUUUAAUUACAAGUGUCCUUAUCCUCCUGGGAAAAGCAAGUUCCAGCAUGGCAUCCUUGAUAGAAACGAUCAAAAUUUGCUUCUUGUUAGUCACAGUAAUUACCCAGGAAGGAAAGUGAAGAAAUACUGUAUGAGCUGCCAAGUUAGCUUCACACUCACAAGAGAAUUCUUUGCAAAAUGAACUUACAAAUCAAAAAUCAUUUAUUCUGGUAAUUCAUUAAUAAUUUCAUAUAACAAAUUUGGGGGGAACUACUGCAAUGUGCUCACAGAGAAUCUGGGAAGGUGAAGUGUUCAAGUUACCAGUUCCCUGCUUUUUUUUUUGUUUCUCCCACCGUUUGUGCUGGGAGGUUUUUAAGAAAGGGAGUAAUAAAAUUGCUGCGUUUUCUCUUUCACUAAAA